UCCAACAUCACACAGCCAAGAAGUUACCACUGGCCUCAAAGCAGAAGUAAAGUCCUAUUUAGCAUAUAUUAAGGGAGAGAAAGGUAUAAAUGUCUACUUUGUUUCAUUACCUUUGUUGCCUUGCGGUGGCCUUUGAAAUACUCUUUCUAUCAUCUGGUCUUUUUCUCUCUCCAGUCCUUCGCCUCCGGUGAAUGCCUAUCUUCACCCUCACUGCUCAAGCAUGGCUAGGCUUCUUCUGCCUGCUUUACCAGCCCCUCUCCAACCUCUUCCCAACCUCAUCCCAGCCUCCUGGAUUCCCAGCCCCUCCCCUCGAGCAUAAAAGCUCGCCGCCCUCCGUCCCUCCUUCCUCUCUCCUUUGUCACCUCCAGCUUUCUCAGCUUUGAGUGACUGAAAUCAUCUUCUUUUGAUUGAAAUCACAUCGCUACUGCUUCCGUUUCAUUCUCAGUUUAUCAUCCUUUUCAGCCAUCAUGUCCACCACCAUGAUCCCAAUGACUGACAUCGACCGCCGCAUCCUCAGGGAGCUUCCCGACUUCGCCAUCCACGUUCAAGGCGACAAGGUCCCCGACUGGUUCGCCAACAUCCGCAUCUUCUUCCAUCCUGCUGUCCGGACCACCGCUUCUUCCAUCACCCGAGCCUCCAAGACCGACAUCCGCUCCCGCACCAGCAAGGAGUGGUUCAAGCCCGACAACCGUCACCGCGGCGGCAUCCGCAAACCUCGCACCCGCUUCGACGGCCGCAAGGACAUCACCCACGUCAUGCAUCACCCCAAGACGCUUGCGCAGUUUGAGCGCCAUGCCGUCCAUCUCAUGGCUUCCGUGCUCGGUCUCCGCCGGGCUUCUUCGCCGUUCACCUUGGUCCUUGAUGACCUCAAUCAGCGCGCCACCCCGCUUCUCAACGAGUUCAUGUACCGCGCCCUCUCUCGCAACGUCAACAUCGUCUACGUCUCCUUCGAAUCCAAGCGCACUCCGCACCCUUCCGUCACCUUCAUCCCCGCCUGGGACGGCCUCACGGGCGCAACCCUCCUCAACGAAGUCGAACAAGCAAUGAAGAACUUCACCGACAGCCUCGUCAUCGUCGACUCCCUCCACGAACUCUUCGCCCUCAAAGACAUGUCCAUGAACGCCCUCUUCGCCCUCGUCGCCGUCCAGUACAACUCCCUCCUCGUCGGCGUCUACCACCAAGACCUCGCCCCAGACACCACCAAAACCGACCCAUACACCCCUCCACCCCUGAACCUCCUCAAAUACCUCGCCACGACCAUCAUCGAAUGCAAAUCCUUCGCCCACGUCCUCGCCGCCAAAGCCGCCGCCGCCCGCAGCCUCCCCGAACCGACCUUCGGCCUCCUCCAGGGCGCCGAGGGAAUCAUCCAAUGCCUGGACGCAAACGACACGCGCGGCAUCGUCCUCGACGCCGAGUUCCGCCGCAAAUCGGGUCGCGCGGAGAAGGGCAAGUACUUCCUGCGACCGUCCAGGGGGUCCGAUUAUCACGAGGCGCUGCUGCCGGGCCAGGUCAUGGGCACGCUGAAGAAGGAGUUUGUCACCACGCUUGAUAAGAACCCCGUGUACAUGAGCGACGAGGUCAUUGGGCUUGUCAAUGCGGCUGCCAAUGGGAAUGUGGGAGCGAAGACGGACAUCGUGGAGUCGACGUUUGAGCUGGGGUUGACGGAGAAGCAGAAGGCGGCGCGGGGGGAGGUGGUGCUGCCGUAUUUUGAUGCGCAGAAGACGAUGGGGGAGGCUGGUGAGGGGGGACGGAUUCUCUAUGAUAUGGGGUCUGAGGAUGACUUUGAUGAGGAGGAGGAUGAGAUUUAGGGUGCUGGGUGUUGGGGUAUGUGUGGGGAUGGGGAUGUGAAGGGGAUGGAAAGGGGAAAGGGGUUUCUGAAUCAAGUGCUAGUUGAUCUGCUGACUUUGUUAGCUAGCUAUUGCGUGUCUUUGCCGACACUUUGCGAUGGUAGGUGGGAGGAUCUGGGUUGCAGUCAUUCUUUACUGUGUUUUUUGGAGUUGGUGGUUGAUCAAACUUAUACCCCACAACGAUGG